UUUGUUGUUAUUGAGACACGUGGUGGAGGCGGAGGGGCGGCGGACACACACACACACUCACGUUGAAUUUAGUGCUGGAGUGCGAGGAGGAGGAAGAUAAGGACGUGCAGCCCCACAGGAGGAGGAGGAUGAAGCCGCAGUACCUGGUGGUGGACACGGCGGCCCUGGUGACGCAUGUGCCGCUAUGGGAGUAUGGAGAGACCCUGUGCAGUGUGCCAGAGGUCAUUGCUGAGAUAAGAGACAAGGAGGCGAGGCGUCGGGUGGAGGCUCUACCCUUCCCUAUCACCAUGCGCCAGCCUCUACCUCAGUCGAUAAAAUUUGUCAAUGAAUUCUCCAAGAAAACUGGAGACUACGCCAGCCUGUCUCUGGCUGACAUCAAGAUCCUGGCACUUACCUAUGAGCUGGAAGUGGAGGUGCAGGGGAACGCAGACCACCUCAACAAGGAGCCUCGCAAGAUCAUCACAGAGAGUGCUGCCACCAAGGGCAGCAGGAGGCAGAGAAGAGGCCCGGAGGAGUUCAACGACCCACCCGAAGAGUGUGAUGGGGGGCAGGAUUCUUGGACUAGCAGCACUCCACCAAGGGAUGCAGUGAAGACAGGCCCCUCAGCACUCCCAUGCAUUGCUGAGCAGCAUCUCAACAGACUGAACUCAUUCCUCCUACACCACUCCUAUGUCCUGGGCUAUACCCUCUCAAGAACAGAUCUCAACCUCCAUAAGGCAUUGAUCAGACAAUACCCACAAUUUUGCACUACUAUUGAGGGACUGAGCAAAUGUCAAGCCAAAGAUGCAUCCCUUCAUAGUGCUAUUCUCAGCCCUGUCCCAGACACACUUCCUCAUGUCAGGAGGUGGGCCGUGCACGUAGCCAGCUUCUCAGAGGCAGAGGAGGCAUCCCUUCCAACAAGUUAUCAGACGGUGGAGGAUGUUCUUCAUGGUCUCAUGGAUGAAGUGAAGGGAGAGGAGCAGAGUGUGCCAGAAGAAGCUGACACAGACCACCAGGCCGUCCCUCACCCAGAGGACACAGAAACCACAGAGAGGAAAGAGAAUGACAUGACACAAGAUGCAGAAGAUAAAUGCAGUGAAAGAAGCAUUGGCAAUGACAGCCUAAUACAUGCUGAGUGUGUAGAAGAUGGGCUGGAAGAGAAUGAAGAGGAUGGGUUGAGUGAGAAUGAAGAGGCAGGGGAAGAAGAAAAUGUAAAUGAAAGGGAAGAGGAGGAGGAAGAUGACGAUGAUGAUGGUGGUGGCUGGAUUACUUGCAAAAACAUAAAGAAACACAAGACUAGAAAGAACUUCUUUGGUGCCCCGGAGGAGGAAGAAGAGGAGGAGAGAGAAGUUAAGGUGGCAUGCAUCACGGGAGACUUUGCUGUGCAGAACGUCUUGAAACACAUCGGGUUGUCAGUGAUGGGUGUGGACGGAAAGAUCAUCAAGCGCCUCAAGACCUACAUCCUGCGCUGCUACGCUUGCUUCAAGACAACCUCAGUCAUGGAGAAGAUCUUCUGUCCCCACUGCGGCAACAAGACCCUGAAGAAGGUAUCAGUGACGCUGGACCCUGACGGCACGCAGCGGAUCUGGAUAAACACCAAGAAGCCAAUAAACAGAAAAGGAAUGAAGUACUCCCUUCCCAUGCCCAAGGGAGGAAAGCAUGGUCGUAAUCCCAUCCUUGUGGAGGACCAGCGCGAGGCCAAGAGGUUUUCCAGCAACAUGAGCAAAAAGAAACUCAACCCUCUACAUGAAGAUUACAAUCCAGACCAGACACCGUUUGCAGUGAGGGACGUGUACUCGAGGGCAGCUCAGUUGGGUUACAUUGGAGGAAAGAACCACUACCACUUCUACUGGGAGAAGAGAAACCCUAAUGAACCCCAGAGAAGAACUGGCAAGAAGUAGGAAAGAAUGGCAUGGCAGUGGUCCUGAUGGAGGGAACGGCUGGGCAUCAGGAGUCUACAGUAAUUACAAGAUAUAUCUAUUCAUCCAGCUGGUCAAUAGCUUUGUUAAAUAAAAAUAAUAUUUAA